AUGUACUCUGGUUACUACACUUUCAAGGAUGUUCAGAAACUGAUGAUGUAUAAUGGAGGAGUUGACUUACAACCUACUAGUACUAACGGUGGGUGUUACAUCAAACCUGGUAGUGGCAAUUCCGUUUGCGUGUCAACAUACCUGUCGAGACUUCUUGGGCUAACGAUGAAAGACAGUGAGGUGGUUAUUGAUCCAGACACAACAUAUGCUAGUAAAAAGAGGAUGAACAUAAAUCUUGGGCUGGAGUACAUCAACAUAUCAUGUAACUUAGUUAAUGAGAGCUUUAAUGUUCACACUGAGGGUACCAGAAGCGAUGUGGUAACCUCACUAGCUGUGACAACAACUCAGUCCUUGUUCGGCUCGGUUACGGAGUACUUUGACAUUGAGAGCAAAGUGCCAGUUAACAAAGGUUCGUUCAAUCAGCUGAAGUUCUACGUGACAGACCAAGAUGGAAAACCAGUAGAAAUCGGUAAGAUCCUGCUUGAGUUAUACAUUGUGUAA